AUGCUCACAAUCCAACUGCUGGCGACAGUUAGCAUCACAGCAGUUCUCCUCCAUCAUGUCUUCUUCAAACGCGUCGAAGUCGACCGGCGUCCCGUGUCCCUGGCAGCCAUCUUUGUAGCAGCGUAUUUCGCCACGGCUGCUGCGCUCUGGCGUGUGCGCGACGACGACGAAGGACUCGUCUGCGUGCUUGCAUGCGCUGGGCUGAUCUGGUCAUGCUUCGUUGUCUCGCUAUGGACGAGCAUGCUGGUUUACCGCGCUUUCUUCCAUCCUCUGCACAAGUUCCCUGGUCCGUUUGGGGCAAAGCUCAGCAAGCUGUGGACGCUGAGGAAGGUCGUCCAGUCCAAGCUGAGAUGGUACCAAGUGCUGGAUGAGCUCCACGAGAAAUACGGCGAUUAUGUGAGGACAGGCCCCAGGGAACUGGUAAUCUUUGAUUCAGCCGCCAUCACGCCCAUCCUGGGCUUUGCUUCCGUGACGAAAAAAGGGCCAUUCUACGACUCGAUGGAGACUUCCGUGAACACGACCCGGGACAGGGAGUUUCACCGCAAGAGGCGCAAGAUCUGGGACAAUGCGUUCAAACAAUCACUCGCGGAUUACGGCCCUCGUAUCGAGGGGUUUACAGACGACCUUCUCGUCCGGAUUGGCAAGAAUCUCGGCAAACCCAUCGUGGUCAAUGAGAUCUGCAUCCACUACAGCUACGACGUGAUGAGCGCCCUGGCGUUUGGGAAUCCGAUGGGCUUCAUCAAGGGCGACUCGAACGAGAUUGCAAAUUCGAUCCUGUCGAAUAUCCAGAGGGGUGUCGAUGCCAUUGGCCUGUUGCUCCAUGUGCCGUGGUUGAUGACGACGUUGACGACGUUUUCGUGGGCGAUCGGGCCCAUGCGUCAGUGGAAUCUGUACUCGCAGGAGCUGGUGAUGCUGAGGAAGGCACGACACAACCGCCACAGCCCUAACAUUCCUCUUCAUCCACCUCGCCCUAUACCCAGAAUGGCUGCAAAGACUGCGCGAGGAAAUCGACCCCUUGCUCGCGACGUCGUCCAGCUUCGACUGCACGCGCUCGUACCCCGUGCUCGACGCCCUCAUCAACGAGUGUAUGCGGCUGCACCCGUCUGUGUUUUUCGGCUCGCAGCGAGAAACGCCUCCGGAGGGGAUGACGAUUGGCGAGGUAUACAUCCCCGGGAAUACGAUUGUGUCGAUACCGUCGUAUCAGAUUGGGAGGGAGAGAGAGAAAUUACUGAUAUGUAUGUUUCAGAUGAACGCAAUUUCGUCCGUGCAAAAGAAUUCCUCCCCGAACGAUGGCUCUCGAAGCCAGAACUGAUUCUUAAUCGCCACGCGCAUAUGCCCUUCCUGACGGGGCCCUACAGCUGUGCAGGCAGGAAUCUUGCUAUGAUGGAGCUGAGGUCUGUGAUUGCGAGGACGGUGCAUGCGUUCGAUAUUGCUUUCCCUGAUGGAACAGCGUUUGAUCCUGAGGAAUACUUCAGUCGUGUCAAGGACCAUUUUGUGGCUGGGGCGCCGGCGCAGGAGCUUCUUUUUACGAGGAGGAGUGAUAGGAUGGCUGAUUGA